UUCAGUAUCUGCAGCUGAUGUUGAUUUUCCUACCAUUUGUAAUUGGAUCAUCAUCAUAUUAUAAAUAUUACUACAUGGAUGAGAGAUGUGGUGAAGAAAUUAAUAUGCAAGAUGAUGAUAUUGAAACAGGAACCCUAGAUCUAACAAUUUUUCUAACCUAUAAGCCAAGCAUGAACUGCCAGCUAACAAUUAAGGCUCCUGAUGACAAGCAAAUCAUGAUAUAUUUUACAGAAAUUGAUAUGAAAGAGAAAAAGCGAAGAUAUGGAAACACUUGCGAAGAUUAUCUGGAAUUAUUUGAUGGAUCAACUACAUCUAACAAUAGUGUUCCAGGUUCUGAUUUAAAGAUAUGUGGUGACUAUGAGCCAAAGACAGCUUAUUACACUAGUGGACAAUAUCUGACUCUUAGGUUCACCAGUGACUAUAGAAGACAAGAUAGAGGAUUUGUACUUUUGUUUACUUCAUUUCAUACAGGUCUUUGUAAUGGGACAGAAGAGUUCCAAUGUCAACAAGGACAGUGUAUAUCUAAAUCUUUCCAAAAUGAUGGUUACAGUCAGUGUGGGGACUACAGUGAUGAACUUAUAACCAAUACAGACAUGGAUUACUAUGCUGUUGGUGCAGUGGUAGUAAUCAUAUGUAUAAUUGUUGCUACAUGUUAUAUCUGUAAAAGACAUAAACAAAGAGGAGCUGUCAUCAAGAGAUCGGGAAAUCAGUCAGAAAUACCACUAACUUCGCAACCAGUUUCUCAGCCAUUUCAUGGACAACAACCUGGAUAUCAACAACCACCAGCAGUAUAUCAACACCAACCAGCAAGCUAUCCACAACAACAACCAGGAUAUCACCCACAGUCUGGAUACCCACCACAACCUGUAUAUACUGAUCACAUAGGACAUCCUCAACCAGGAUAUGUGCCACUGCCAGGGAAUCCUCAACCAGGCUAUGUGCCACUGCCGGAGAAGCUGCCACAACCAAGCUACCAACCACCACCCGGAUAUCCUUCUCAACCAAACUAUCACCCAGGAUAUCAUUUAGUAGAUCCCCCACCGUAUACAGAAAGUCCAUAUCCUUCAGCCCCACCAAAACAGUAAAGAUAAAAGGCAGAUUUCAUGCCUCAGUGUGUGGCUAGGGUUUUAACUAUGUUUGUUAUUCUGAAAUGUAUUUAUAAUAGUUGUCCUGACGUUUUUCAGAAUGUUAACAUAUUUUAUGCUAAAUUAUGGUGAGUAGAAAAAAGUAAGAAGAUACCAGGGGAUUAAUAUAAACAAAUAUCAAUGAGUUCCUAGGAACUUUAUAAUUUUGCUGUUUGACAUCUGUUUGUCUAAUUAUUUGUGGUAUGUUUCAAUUGGCAUACUUUUGAUGUAAUUUAUAAUAUUCCUCUGAUCCAGAAAAUUUCAUGAAAGUUGUACAUUUUUGUAUGAAUUAGAUGCAAUGUUGGGUUUUAAAACUCUUUUAGACAGCAACCUAAUGACACAAAAAAACAUUUAGAAGUCAACAUAUAAUUGUCAAUGAUAUACAAUCACUGAAGAGAUUCCAUUCAGAUGGGCACAUGAACAUUAUUAAAUUGGUUUAACCUUUUUCUUUUUCAAAUCUCCUCUUUUUAAUCUUAAUCAGUGAAAAAGAAUAAAGUUGCAUACAAGAACAUACAAUGAAAUGCAGUUAUCUCUACAAUUACCAGUGUGAAGUAUUACAAAACCAUAUUAAUCAGAAUGUUCAUAGCAACUAAAGCAAGUCAAAAGUAUUUGACCUCUACUGAUAUGAAAUAUUAAGUCCUAUACUCUGUUCUAUGUUACUUUGUAGAUAUUUUACUUAAUUUUGGUGUGGAUAUAUGGAGAAUUAAUUUACAGGACUAAAAUUUAAUGAAUGCUAAAUUUGUCCUAACUUUUGUCUGAUAUGUCUGUAAGACUAUAUAUUUAAGGUGUCGUAAUAAGAUUUAAUGAGCCCAAAACUUAUGCCAUUUAGAUUUUGUUUAUUUUAAUUUUUUUAAACUUUACAAAUAAAAUUCUUGAGAAAUUACAAAAAAAAAUAAUUUUGUCUUGGAGACACUGAUUUAGAAAUUUCAUUCUUAAUCUUUUAAUGUAAGUCAGUUAGAGUCAGAACCCACAAAAGUACAAAGUCCAACACUGUAUAUAUCACAACGUUUACACAUAUAAUCUGAAGGUGCCACUGGAAACUGAGCUCUUACAUAAAAAUGCUUAAUGAUAUUAAGUGCUCAAAAAGGCAAGUUUCAGUUUAUAUUGCCCCAUUUCUGGUAAUGGGUGUAUGCCUGUCAUGACCCUAUUGAGGUGUGCCUGAAUUCAGAAUUUGACUUAUGCCUUCAAUCUAUAUAUACCAAAAUAUCCCAACAAGAAAAAGGUGCAAGUUGUGCUAAUAUAUUGUGCUGUCUGAAUUGUCUAUUUUUAUUCAAAAGGUAAAAAAGAUGCAAAUAUCUUGAUUUAUGUACUUUAUUAUAUAUAUGUAUUGUGUGUAAUUAUAUAUUUUAUAAAUUAUUCUCCUGUUUUGCUGUCGUUAGUCUACAGAUUAACUAAUGACUGUUGAAAAGUUUUUAUAUAUUUAUAAAUUUUUAACCAGAUAAAAUUAAAAAGAAACUCAUAAUCAGUCAGCCAAUCAUCCAAAUAAAAAAUACAUAAUAAAAUAAUGUGUAAGUUUUUCUCUCAUUCUGAGCCCGUUUAUACUUUCCCCUUUUUUAUAAUCAAUGCGUGGUUCAUUGAUCUCAGUACUUCGUUGGUCAAAAUUCAAUUAUUAAGUCCCAUUUUCUUGCUUUCCUCUGAAUUAGCUAUUGUUAUGUCACUAAAAAGUUGGCCAUGCCUGAUGAUGUCACACAAAAAAAAAACUUACCUUUUUGCAGAUUAUUGAAGUUGAUCUACUUAAUGUCUAAAUAUCAUCAAAGGAACCCAUUCGACGACCAUAUCUCAUACAAUACAAUAUUUCUCAACUCUCAACAUAUAAAUUAAAAAUAUUUAGAAUUUGAAAAUGAGUUGAGCUAAUAAACGACCCUGCAAAUGUGGAAUUUUCAAACUUCAAUUGUUUGAGUAAAUCAAAUGUGUAUGUAUUGCUAAAUGUAAUACUUUUGAAAGUAUAAUAAGAAAAAUAAUGUCUGCUUCAUAUAUUAUAAAUACAUUAGCUUACAAUAGGAAUAGAUUUCAUUUUAGUCCAUUUUCUAGAAAUUUGUCACCUUUUUCGAACUAUUUUCAUCAUUUUAUAUGUGGCUACACCCCUCACCCAUUGACAUUUUGGUUGAAAAGUAAAGAAUAUGAUAUAUAACAAAAAUUUAAAAAAAAUAGUUGUGGAUGAGGGGUGGUGCCACUGUUAAUUUUUCAGAAAACUGUCAUAAAUUUUGCUCAAGUAUGCCAAAAAAAUAUGUAUCUCACUUAAUGCAGUGGUAGAAUCUAUUUGCAUCAAACGCUAUUAUGAACAAAAUAAAGACUAUCAUAAAUGAAUGAUAUGUUGUUUGUUAACUGUAUAUGGCACAAUAUAUUCAUGACAUGAUGAGGACAAAUAUGCAAUUUUGAUAUCAUUACAUGUUUUGAACAACUGGACACCAUUUUUAUCAGCAUUGACCUUAUACCACAUCCUGUGUGUUCAACAGUUAAAGUUGAAAAAACCAAAUCUUUCAAUUAUAUAUUAUAGUGAUUGUUAUUUCCAACAUUGUUGUUAGUGAUUAAAAACAUUGAUAUAUUUAUUAUUGAGUGUGUUGGUAGCUCAUGUACUCGUUUGAAAAAGGCUAGAGUGUGAUAUAUACAUUGAUAUAAGAUAGUAUUAUUUGAGUAGAAUUUAUAUAUUUUUUUUUAUGUUAUGAGUAUUUACAAUAGAUGGUCAGUAUUGUUAUUAAAUCAAAUUUAAAUAUGGAUGCAAAAGCUUGUUCUGUAAACUGUUGAUUCAUAUGCAUAUUAUGAUUAGGUAUUAAGUUUUAUUGAGCUUUCAGGGACUGGGAGCAGAUCAGGGGUUACGAUGAAAAGGGGGCAUAAUUGUUUGUAAUGGUAAAUAUAGCUGCCAGUAUAACAAGGUAAAUUUUUAUGCCCCACCUAGGGGCAUUAUGUUUUUCGGUCUGUUCGUUUGUUCAUCCGUUCGUCCGUCUGUCCCGCUUCAGGUUAAUGUUUUUGUAGUUUUUGAUGAAGUUGAAGUCUGAUCAACUUGAAACUUAGUACACAUGUUCCCUAUAAUAUGAUCUUUCUAAUUUUAAUGCCAAAUUAGAGUUUUGACCCAAAUUUCACCGUCCACUGAACAUAGAAAAUGAUAGUGCGAGUGGGGUGUCCCGCUUCAGGUUAAAGUUUUUGGUCAAGGUAGUAUUUGAUGAAGUUGAAGUCCAAUCAACUUGAAACUUAGUACACAUGUUCCGUAUGAUAUGAUCUUUCUGAUUUUAAUGCCAAAUUAGAGUUUUGACCCCAAUUUCACUGUCCACUGAACAUAGAAAAUGAUAGUGAGCGUGGGGCAUCCGUGUACUAUGGACACAUUCUUGUUUUGACAAUUUUAUUUUCCAAUCAAAGGGGGCUUACAUUCUUUAUUGAUGUAAACUGCAUAGUAACUAUAUUAUCCUUUACGACUCACAAAAAAGAUGAAGUGCAAGGUCAUCGAUCUACUUGCCGCAAUACAUGUACUGUGUUACAAACCUAGAUAAAGCCGAUGAGGAAGGCAUUACUCUUCUAAAAAAAGCUUUAUUUUUAAAUAUCAUAGUAAGCUGAGUGGUUAAGGUUGCUGGACACAAUGCAGGCGGUGUUUAAUAUCAUGUCACAGAAGCAUAGGUUGAAAUCCUGUUGAGGUAAGAAGAAAAGUUUGUGGUGAUCUAUAUUUUAGACAAAGUAUAUAUAUACGACAUAGUUAUUUUAGAUUAGUAUUUUUGUACCUCAUUUUAAGUUCAUGUACUUUUUUUAACAAAUAGCUAUUUAUAUUUUAUUUUACAUUGAUAAAGUUUUUUGUCAAUCAAAUUUACUUGUGAUAAAAAUGAUCUGUCUUAAAAUGCUACUAGGAUAUUAUUAAGUGUAACCAUUGUUUUUGUGUUAGUGAAAUGUUUUUGACUCAUCUGGACAAAAGCCCAGUGUCAAAAUUAGCUAUAAUUGCCAUUACUAAGCAUCCAUAGUCUGUUGUCACUUUUCUUGUCUGUCUACAUUUUUAAAACCAUCUUCAAAUUCUAAUCUGAAAUCCCUUGGCCAAUUGAAAUCAAACAUUAUCUGAUUUUGACCUAAUUACAAUCCUUAAAAUUAACAAAUUUCAAUAAAAUAACAUUUUUUUCAGUCAAAACAGCUUUCUGAUAAAUUUUCAGUUUACAUAGAAUUCUAUUCCAUUUUCAGUCAUACCUCUUUCUGUUCUGUUUUCAGUUGUAGCAGAGAUUUUGUUCCGUUUUUAGUUGUAACAGCUUUCUGUUUUAUUUUCAGUCAUCUUAGCAGAUAUGUAGCUGAUAUUUGAUUUAUAACUUUGUACUAUUAUUAGUCGUGUCAUUCUGAGUUUUAUAUUGGUUGACGUACUUUCAAUAUGAUAAUGGCUAUUUCAUUACGAUAACAGUUAGACAAGUAUGAGUUGUGUUUUGUUUACCUCCUUUCCACCUAGUUACAAUCAGGAAACAGCCUGCUAUUCAUUUUUCAGCAAUCUUAGAAAACAUUAACCUGAAAUUUUUUUUAAUUUAUUUGUGAAAUGAGUAAUUAUUAUAGAUAAUAUAAUUAUUUCGUUCCAGUGGACAGACUAAACUGUGAAUGUUUCAUUUAGACAAUUUUGAUAAAGCAACUUGGCCUUAUCAAAGGUUUGGCUGGAUUAGGAAAAACCCUAUCUAAUUAUUUGCUGAAAUGGUUUCGGAAAAAUAUUUUUUGCAUUAAUUUGAAUCAAAAUAUUACAUUUAAAUAAUAAGUUUUCGGCAAUUUAUUGGGAAAAUGCUUCCCACUAAAGACUAGCUGUACAUGGGGAUCCCCAGCCAAUUUCAUGGUGAAUUGUUGUAAAUAACAUUUGAUUUAACACAAAAUGUUGUGUUAUUCAUUGAAUACACUCAUACUAACCAGAUUAGACCAGGUAUUUGAAACUCCUGCUUAAAUAUUUUUGAAUUGAGUUUCAGAAUGGUUUUCAGCUUCAAAAGCCCUGCCAUGCUCUUUAAAAUCUUACAUGAAGAUUAGUCAAGAUUAUUAACUGAUACCAUGUGAUAUAAGCUAUACAGGCUCCUUGGAAGUUUUUAAAGUAUAAAUUGUUUAUUUAAUUUUUGAUAAAUGUUGAUUGUUAUAGAUUUUUAUUAUGAUGACAUUGUCUGAGGUUGUUUACUAAGUUAUUAUCCUGUACACAAAGUAAUAUCAUGUUAAAGUUGUGCAAUAAAAUAGUUUUAAUGUUUA